AUGUCCACCGACGACAUCGACGCAGCCGUCUCGGCGUCUGAGCCUCUCCCUGUCGACACGCGGGAUGGCAUCGACGACCAGAUCGAAUGUGCCAAGGUGCCCUUGCAGCCCGCCUUCUUGCACUCGCCGCCGGAUAGCAACGAUGCCGGCAAGUCAGAGGCCAGCGACUCGGAGCUGAGCGACCUUGAGGACGAGCCGCCGCUGGAGGAUGCGCCGAUGCUGCCCCCGGAUCUCGCUGCUCAAGAGGACGAUAUUGGUGACAUCGAGCCGGACCACUGGUCGUCCGGCAACGUGCCCAUUUUCAAACCGACCAUGGAGCAGUUCAAGGAUUUCAAGCGAUUCAUGACAAAAGUCGACAAGUAUGGAAUGAAGUCUGGAAUCAUCAAAGUCAUUCCGCCAAAGGAGUGGAAAGAUGCACAGCCACAACUCGACGAUCUCGUAAAGCAGGUCCGAGUCCGCGAGCCAAUCAAACAGGACAUCAUGGGUUCGAACGGCACUUACCGCCAAGUUAAUAUACUCCAUGGACGCUCUUACAACAUACCGCAGUGGAGACAACUUUGCGAACAGAGCGAGCACCAGCCUCCUGCACGGCGCGGCGAGAGACGCGCGAAUGCGGAUAAGCCCAAGCCCGUGCGAUCUCGCCCUGCUGCCCCCAAGGCUGCGAAUGCUAAUCCCACGCCAAGGACUCGUGGACGAGGACGGCCGCCCAAGAAUAAGGGCAAGGCCAAACGGGAUGAAGAGAGCCGGCCUAUGACUCCGGUGUCCCCAAGGGUCGAAGCUGACGGUGCAGCAGACGAGGUGAUGGAGUCUAUCGAACCGAUAAAGGAACUGGGCACCGAGAUGGACUACGAUGACGAUGAGCAGCCUACAGUCCGCAGAAUGGGCGGAAUCAAACCAAGCAAGCCAAAGAUCCAAUCCACUUCAGCACGCCGAAAAUACAGCCGCCGCGAAGGAUCUGCAGUCAUUGAUGAGGCUGCGUUCAAAGAUUUCGACUACCGGAUGGAUAUUUCCGAUUAUACGCCUGAGCGCUGCGAAGAACUGGAGCGAGUCUAUUGGAAAACGUUGACUUAUGCCCAACCGCUAUAUGGUGCUGACUUGAUGGGCACGUUGUUCGACGAUAGGACCGAGAAUUGGAAUCUCAACAAACUGCCAAAUCUCUUGGAUGUUCUUGGCACCAAGGUCCCCGGUGUCAAUACUGCAUAUCUCUACCUUGGAAUGUGGAAGGCGACUUUUGCCUGGCAUCUUGAAGAUGUCGACUUGUACAGCAUCAAUUUUCUUCACUUUGGCGCUCCAAAACAAUGGUACAGCAUUUCUCAGGCUGACGCCCGAAAAUUUGAGGCUGCUAUGAAGAGCAUCUGGCCCGCCGAUGCCAAAGCUUGUGAUCAAUUCCUCAGACACAAGGCUUUCCUCAUCUCGCCGCAACACCUUCAGCAACACUAUGGCAUCAAGGUCAACCGAGUUGUCUCUUACCCCGGCGAGUUUGUUGUCACGUAUCCCUAUGGAUAUCAUUCCGGCUACAAUCUGGGAUACAACUGCGCCGAAGCAGUAAAUUUUGCCCUCGACUCCUGGCUUGAGAUGGGCAAAAUUGCCAAGAAGUGUGAAUGCGCCCAAGCUCAAGACAGCGUGUGGGUAAAUGUAUACGAGAUUGAGCGGAAGCUACGCGGAGAAGAAACUGAAUACGAAGAGACAGAGGACGACGACGAUGAAGACGACGACGAUGAUGAUGAGCUUUCUGGGCUUCCCACUCCUCCUGGUCACGCUGUGAAAUUUAGGGAUGCCAAUCGAAAGAGGAAGCGCGGCAAAGUAGACAAGGGGGCCAAGACCAAGGUUAAGAAGAUCAGAUUACGACUCAAAGUCAAGGCUGAGCCGCCUUGCUGUCUGUGCCCCAACGACAUCCCUAGUCUAGAGUUUCUUCCUACAGACGACGGCAGGAAAGCUCAUCGCCUCUGCGCCCUCUACAUUCCUGAGACAUACAUUGACACAGUUGACGGCAAAGAAACUGUAUUCAAUGUUUCUUCUAUACACAAAGACCGGCUGGAUCUUAAAUGCUUAUUUUGUCGAUCAAAACGUGGGGCUUGCUUCCAAUGCUCCCAGAAGAAAUGCACGAGGGCGUACCACGCUACGUGCGCAGCAGCGGCUGGAGCAUUUACUGAAGAGCAAGAAGUCCCGGUCUUUGGUGAAGACGGGACGGAAUACAAAGAACAGGCCUUUGAAUUCAGCUGUCGCUUCCACCGUGCCAAGCGCGAUAAGAAGCUGGAUGGUGAUGCCUUGGAAGAAGACUCUCGUAUCUUGAAGGCCGCUGAGGCCCUUGAGAAAGGAGAGAUUUGUCAGCUGCAAUAUCACAAGGGCGAAAUCUUUGCUGGAGUCGUGGUGGACAAUCGACCAGAUGAGCGAAUGCUGCUGGUUGAUGUACUUCCAAACGGUGAUCGGAUGGAAGUCGAGUGGAAAUGGCUCCUGCUUCCAGACCCGUCUGAUUAUCACUUGCCCAAGGCGUCAGCAAAUGCCAUCCCGCUGCCAUCCUCUCAAAAGGCAAAAGAUAAGCUCAAUGCCAAGCGCCAGCAAGGCGAUGACAAGCCUCGGAAAGAUGAUACCUUUGUCGAAGGCGGCUUUACCUGGGCAGAAUUUCACACUGGCGAGAUUGCGAACAAGGAGCAGGCAAAGACCGAUUUUACCAAGCAAGAUCAGAUCUGGUAUUAUCUCGGCAAGACAUCGACCGAAGCCAGAGCGCAGUAUACCGAGGAUCCAGCAAUCCCACGAUACAACACCAAGAGCAACUACUUGGAUACGCUCCCAAAGCCCCCCAAACUUGCGCCUGUGCGACAGGUAUAUCAACAGAGAGCCUACGGGCUAUAUGGCCCUACUGCUACGAGUUAUUCGGGCUUGGAAAAGCCUUAUGUCUACCAGCCGAGAACUUCUACAGGGUCGACGUACUACCACCCCGGCACAUACUCAUUCCAAGCAGCCAAUGCUGUUGCUCCCACUAUUCAAGGGUAUCAGCCGUAUACGGUACAGCGAUUUGAACCAAUGGUUGGAACAGGUGGAAAGUUUCAGGCUUACACGGCGCCGCCGCCGCCGCCGCCACCUGCGCAGCCAUCACAUUUCUAUUCCACGCCAUCGGUAGGAGGCCAGAAGCCUGCUCCACCAGCACAGGUCUCUCACCAAUAUAGUAAGCCUACCUGGCAGGUUCACUCAUCAGUAUACCAAAAGUAUCCUUUUUUCCAAGUAAAUCACAACAGGGAUGCGUCGAAAUACAGAACUCCGUAUUCACCCUGGGGCGGGUUUACCAACGGCUACGAAGGCGAUUUGAGAGCACAUUUGCUCGCAAACCAGAACGAUCUCCUCCGGCGAGCCUCUUUGGCGGCCAUGUCUCCAGUUGGCUCCGCGAGGCCAUACCAGACUUCACCUACGACAGCCGUCUCGUCUGGGGCAACGGCAAUCUCUACAACACCACAGCAGACGACCACUUCACUACCUCCGCCAAUACUAGGGACCGCCAGCCAUCAGUAUCAUCCUGCGAUCAAGGCUCAGUACAGGAAUAUGGCCCAGCAGCCCAGCAAGCCCAAGCCAGCCCCCGCGCCCAAGUCGUUCAAGGUUCCACCUAAGCAGUCUCCAGUUCCCUUACCGGCAGGCUUCUUAGCUGCUAUGGCCUCGUCGCCCGGUACCCCUUUGCAGUCCUCUCCCAAACCUUCGCCAGCUCAGCCGUCCAGUCCCAAGGCCGGGUCUCCCAAUGCCAAAUCGGCCUUGACAUCCUCGUCAUCAACAUCUCUCCGUGGGUCAGCAACGCCUGUGGGAUCGGCAUCCAAAGCGCCACAACAACCGCAAAGAAUAUCAGUCACCCCGGUGCCACUCCCCAGGUUUUCCAUGUUGCCUCAGGAGAGUAAGGCAGGGACGACACUUCCGCCAGCGAAGCCCGAAUCAUCGAAUUUGCCGCAGGCCAAGGGACCUAAUGGCCCGGAAGUCGGCGUGCCUGGAGCUACUACGCCGAAAGCAGAGGCUACUACGGAAGAAGCAGCACAAUCUGCGGCUUUACUAACGCCGUCUUCUACGAUUAAUCAACAGACCCUGGCUGAUCGCCCUCCUCAGCCCCAUACCGCGCAUACCACGAUGCAUCACCAACCUGAAGGAUUCCCUGACGUUCCAGGCUGCGAAUCAAUGGAGUUUGUCGAGCGGAUGAUGGAGAAUUUGAGGAGAGCCUCUCAGCGACGAAGUACAAGCUGAGAAGAAGGAUAGUGUUCCUCUCGACUAGGUUUUCCCUUUCGAUUUU